AUCAGGAAACUCUCUUUCGUUGCAUUUAGUAACUGAAUUCCGCAAUUGAGAGUCUCGUUUGGAGAAUUAGAGUGACCCUUGAAGAAAUUACCGGUAUUGAUCAGCACAAGGCCGUGUUGUCUGGUUUCAGUACACCGGUUGUUGGUGUUACAACUGUUUAGAAUGGGAAAGGAGAUCGGCGUUUUAAGCUCAGUGCUUGCUGUUUACCUCCCCAUGGUGUUUUUCAUGUAUAUAUUAAAACAUUCUGCCAACCAUGCACUAUUAGCUAGCUGUUUUAGAAUUUAAAACUAGUGAGCGUUUAUGCAUUGAUGAAGUCUGAAGUUCUCUUUGUGUGCUUCUCAAAUUGGUUAUCUUGAUGCUGUUUUCAUCUAUGAUAAAUUUCCAAGAACGUAUACUGUUUCUGUAAAAAACUGAACCUGAACUGUGCAGGUUUCUUGGCUCUUCUCAUCUGCAGGGACUUCAAUUUAGAGCAGUAUAGGAUUAACUUGGAGGAGCCAGAUAGGUCUUAUGCUGCCUUCCUGGGAUGAAAGGCGGUUGUCUGCAUAGGCUUUUUGUGAACAAGCUAUGCUUCGUCCUUGUAGUUCUCCUCGCUGUGCCGAUUAUUGUUUUGUUACUGGGAGGAGCCCCAGUCCUCACAAUCUUCAACACAACACCAGACCAAAUAAACGUUUUCUCUCAAGGUUUUCUACCACAGCAGGAGCAAGAACAUCUUGGACAUGAUUUAUCACCCCUAGUUGGGCAUUCAGGUCCAGAUUCCAGGAGCCACGCUAAAAAAAGUAAGACCAAACGGAACAAAGAUUGCAACUAUGCUAAGGGGAAGUGGGUAGCAGAUGAAAAGAGGCCACUGUAUUCCGGUAAUGAGUGCAAGCAAUGGCUCUCGAAAAUGUGGGCUUGUCGAAUGAUGCGACGUGCAGAUUUCUUCUAUGAGAAGUUCCGAUGGCAGCCACGCAAUUGUGAGAUGCCUGAGUUUACAGGGCCUAACUUUUUAAAAAGGAUGAAACAUAAAACUCUUGCUUUUGUUGGUGAUUCACUCGGCAGGCAGCAAUUUCAGUCAAUGAUGUGUAUAGCAACUGGUGGCAAAUACAGUCCAGAGGUUGAAGAUGUUGGAUGGGAAUAUGGUCUUGUCAAAGCCCCAGGUGCUUUAAGACCUGAUGGGUGGGCUUAUCGAUUUCCAGCCACUAACACAACUAUCCUUUUCUACUGGUCUGCUAGUCUAUCUGAGUUGGAACCUUUGAACACAGAAAGUUCAGUGACCAGCUAUGCAUUGCAUCUUGAUCGGCCAGUUACAUUCUUGAAGAAGUAUCUUAAUAGGUUCGAUGUCCUAGUACUUAACACAGGUCAUCACUGGAACAGAGGGAAAUUCAAUGGAAAUCAUUGGGAAUUGUAUGCUGAUGGGAAGGCUGUAAGCAAAGGUAGACUUGCAGACCUCAACCGUGCAAAAAAUCUUACACUGCAUAGUAUUGCCAGAUGGAUGGAUUCAGAAAUUGUGCGGCAUCCUCAGUUGAAAGUUUUCCUUAGGACAAUGUCACCAAGGCACUUUGUAAAUGGCGACUGGAACACAGGUGGAACCUGUGGUAAUACCAUUCCCUUGUCUAAUGGAAGUGAGGUAUUGCAGGAUCAUUCAAGUGAUUUACCUGCAGAAAGGGCUGUGAACGGAACUCGGGUUAAGCUCUUGGAUAUCACUGCUAUCUCACAACUAAGAGACGAGGGGCAUAUCUCAAACUCUACUUUUAAAGCUUCAACAGGAAUUCACGAUUGCUUGCACUGGUGCCUUCCUGGCAUACCAGAUAUGUGGAAUGAGCUCCUCUUUGCACAUAUUUAGUAUCACAUGGUAGUAAUGGGAUUUUUUUUGGAGCCACAAGAGUCUUCUGUUGGUGCAGCAGUAUAGGGUGACCAUCUGUGUAGACCAUAGCAGUGUAUUUACGGAAUUUUGGUCAUCCUUAGAGUUGUUUACAGUGUCAAGAUGAUAGCAUUGCUUUCUAGAAGUAAUUACAGUUUGGUUCAGAUUCUUCCAACUUCCUUUCAGAACAGAUAUGGAAUCCAGAUGCUGCAGAGCCCUACUGACUACUGAGUGUUCUCCCCAGGCACAUCGAUUUUUUUUCUCUUACUGUAAAAUCCUACCACAGUUUACCAUAUGCAGCAUAUAUUCUUCAGAAAAAUGUUCAUACAAGUUGAUCAAAAUGCUAUAAGCUUAUUUAGUUAAACCUUAAAAGUGGAAACGUCCACUGAUUUUUGUGACCUCAAAGGUUCAAACUCCUUGUAUGUGUGACAUUUCAAAAAACUGAUAGUUGACUUGAUAUUCCGUG